GCUAGAGUGACAUGAAGUGUGUUAUGUUCGCGAUAUCUCUUUUCUGACGGAUUAUUUUUAAAUGUUAAAUUCACUCGUGCCUAUGGGUGAGGUCCUGCACUUUGUUUCCCGCUGGUGAACAGGUGUUUUAUUUUAGUGACUCUUGCAAGGCCACCAACUGUCAACUUUCAAGUAAUGCCGAGUGACGGAGUGUUUUCUGAAAUAAGGUGUACGCUAUAAGCUGGAAAACAAAUGGCGGGGCUCCCAAGCUUAGAAGAAAGCUAUUCUGCUAUUUGUUCAGAAAUGGGGCUGUUGAGGAAUCCUUAUAUUAUGGAGAAACUUCGGUUAACUGAUAAAGAUGCAGCACAAACAAGUUCAGAUGUAGGGGUUACUGUUAAAAUUCCUGGCAACACCCCAAUUGUGCCAGUACCAAGGGUCACGGACUCUGAUAUUGUGGCUCUUGCCCAAGCAGUAAACAACACAUUUGUGACAGGUCUUGAUCUUAGAUUCAAUCAACUGACUGACUUAGGUUCACAACAUCUUGCAAAUCUGUUGAAGGAGACAGUUGCUCUUCGCUAUCUCAAUCUUAUGUGCAAUGACAUAGGUCCACAAGGAGCAGAGAUGAUUGCAAAAGCUUUACAUAGAAAUGAGACAUUAAAAAGACUGCAGCUGACUGGUAAUAAAAUUGGAAAUAUUGGGGCAAUGAGUCUUGCUUCCAUGCUGCAAAUUAAUAAUUGUUUGGAGGACCUGGAUGUCAGUGAUUGUGAUGUGGAUACACAAAGUUUAGUUGCCUUUGCCACUGUCCUGACCUGGAACAAGUCUUUGCGAAUAAUCAACCUAAAUCGCCCUCUGCUGUUCAGCCAGCAGGAAGAGACCACAGUACAUAUGGCUCAGAUGUUGAAAAUGAAUCAGCAUCUUAUUGAACUUCAUCUUGGUAAACAUGACAUGAAAGACUUUGGUGUGGAGAGGCUGAGUGAAGCAUUGACUUUCAACUUCACUCUACGCUAUUUGGAUCUUCGUUGCAACAAAAUAACUCGAGAUGGCGCCAAAUGUCUUUCCGAAUACCUCAAGAACAACAGACCUCUGGAAAUACUGGACUUGACUUCAAACAGAAUAGAAGAUGAUGGGGCUAUUUAUCUUAGCGAAGCAAUUUCUCUAUUCAAUACAAAUCUCAAAGCGCUGGCGAUCACAAGCAACAACAUCACAGGGAAGGGCCUUGUUGCUCUUGCUGAAGCCAUGAAAAUCAAUUCUUCUUUGUCCUACAUUUACAUAUGGGGAAACAAACUUGAUGAGCCGACAUGUGUGGCAUUCUCUGAAAUGAUUUCCUGUGGUCGUCUGCCUGAGGAACACACAGAUGUCUCUCCCUACGUAGUGGAUGGCCAGGUGUACCUUGCGGAGCUUUCUCAUGGGCUGAGGAAACAUUACUACUGGACUCCUAGCUUUGGACCAGAUGGAGAUCCUGUUGCCAAUUCGGCUUUAGCUUUAUCAGCAGGCAUGUAACACUCAGGGGCUUCACAUCCACCUGUCCCGUCUUAAGCAGUUAGAA